AAGUUUUCCGAAUCGCUUUGUACACGUAGAAACAAAGACACCGAUAUAACACGUUAUUAUAUAUUUUAAUCUAUAAGGAAAAUUUUACAGGUAAAUUUUUCAGAGAUUCCAUAAAUCCGAUACUAUUUGAUUCGAUUACAGAAAAAAUUUUCCCUCGAUCCACUUGGAGCUGACGGCGUUGUCUGACACACUUGAGCGAUAAUACCGUAUUAAUACAAUCCAGCUAAUACAUCAUGGUUAAAAUAUUUGUAGGAAAUAUACCUGACGAUUUAUAUGGUAAUGAAAUUCGAGAAUUAUUUGAGAGCUUUGGAACGGUUGAGGAGGCGACAAGAUUGUCUAAAUUUGCAUUUGUUCAUAUGCCCAAUAAAGAAGAAGCAGAUGAGGCCUUAAAGGGACUGGAUAAAUAUCAUAUCCGUGGAUAUAAUAUCAAUGUUGAGAUUUCAACAAGUACCGCUGGAGAAAAAGGUGGACCAAGAAACAAAUCAGACAGAUCUGCUUUCUCAGGGAACAGAGGCGGUGGUUCUGAUAGAGGUGGAAUGAUGAGACGUGGAGGACCUCCAAAUAGGGGAGGAUUCAAUAGAGGAACACCAGAUAGAUUUCAUCCAUAUGGCUUUUCUAAUCCAUAUGUCGAUUCUGGAAGAUCAGAGUAUGAAAGGAGAGACGAUUUUGAUGGACCUCAACAGGAACCAAAUUGGGAUCCAUACAGUAGGCCACCCCCAGAUGCUUAUAAGCGACCACAAGAAGCCUUGGGCUCCACAGCUCCUCAACCAACCGCCGGAAACGCUUUUAACUCGACAAGUUUUUAA